GCGCAUCACGACGAGCGGCGCUGGGUCAUCACCCAGCUCGCAACUGCGUCGAAGUUGCCAAAUCGAAGUUGAAGUGGCUCAGCUGCGCGGCUACUUUUCAUCCGUCGACCCGCAGUGCUUCACUCGUACACUUGCGCCCACGUCGCCAUGCAGCUCCUUCUGACUUCGCUCGUCGCGGCCAUUGCGACGACGGCCGGCGCCGCCUACGUAGACGCCUGGGGCCAAUGCGGCGGCGUCGACUUUGUUGGCGACUCGACGUGUGUGCCGGGGCACCACUGCAUCCGCCUCAACGAGAUCGUGUCGCAGUGCCAGCCCCGCGACGAGUCCACCGAGGUUGCCGAGUUUGGGCAGUGCGGCGGCAAGUUCUACCUCGGGUCCGGCGUGUGCACGCCCGGCACGACCUGCACGCGCUUCAGCGAGUGGUACGCGCAGUGCCUUCCGGACGUCACCGCGCCGCUCGACUGGGCCGAGAGCGAGGGCGUUUGCUUCACGUCGCCGUCGCCCGGGUCGCCGAUCCCAAAGAUCCUCACGUUUGAGGCGUGCGUCGCGGCUGCGGCCAAGCGUCGUGGCCACUAUGCCAACUGGAAGGUCUCGUCCAAGGAGUGCACAGUCUUCAAUGCGACGACCAACUACUACGUCGACUACAACUGCAAGGGCGGCGCCAAGUACGACUUGCACAAGUGGGUCUGCUCGGGCAACUCGGACUUUCCCGGUACCGACCUCAAGACGCACGUGCGCGCGACGUCGUUUGUCGAGUGCGAGGCCCAGUGCGACGCGUACAAGCCGCCCAAGGGCGACAGCACGCCCUGCAACGCCUUCUCGUACGUGCUCGACACCAAGGCAGCGAAGGGCCGGUGCACGCUCAAGUGGUUCCCGGACGCCAACCGCCCCCCGUCGUCGAGCUGGGUCGGCGGCUUUGCAUGCAAGCGUCUCCAAACCAAGUAACAAUGACCAUCUUCGACUGCUAA